AUGGUUGACACCCCACAAAUUUUUCUCCGAAAAAACAACUCUGUCAAGAGUUCAAAUGAAUCAAUCGACACUCAAGGAUCCAGCUUUAUUACUCAUAGCCACAUUGACAAUAUUGAAGAUAACAAUGACCAAAAGAAAUGGUAUAAAAAAACACUGGGAGAAGAUUUUCAGCUAGAUCCAAAGAGCCAGAGCACAGAGCUUAAUGAUUGGCAAUUUGAAGUUCCUAUGAAAAGCAUUUUUCCAUCCACUUGCUAUUUAUCACGAUCUUCAAAAAUGCAUAGAAGGUUUUUGUCCACUCCUCCUGAUUUCAUCCAACCCAAAUUUCUGAUUAACUACUCGAAAAGGCGAAAAAAUUUAGAUCGAAACUCACCCGAAAAAACAUCAUUAUCAAUCGAAAGCGACAAAAAAUCUUGGUCUUUAUCUUCUGAGGAAGUCCUGAGUGCCUUGAAUUUAAAGAGGCAAAGCCUAGUUGAAAAUGAUGAAAUUAUUGAUAGUUUUAAAGCUGAUCUCGCAUUAAAAGCUCCUAUCAAAGAUGUUUCAGCUAAAAAGUAUAGAAAAUUACAUACAGAAAAAGAAAACUCCAACCAUUCGCUUCCAGCAUUAGGAAAUAACCCUUGCACAGUUUAUUGCGAAUUUUGCAAAAUGGAUGUUCAUAGCGUUGUUAUUAUAAGAAAUGAUUCAAGAUUUGUAACUUCAUUUAUGGAUUUUUUUCAAAACAUUUUUGGAUGCUGCAGCAGCCUCGUUUGGCUUAAUAAUAUGAGGUAUCAUAGAUGCAGUAAUUGUGGAACAAUCCUUGGAAGAAGCAUUGCGUAA